CUCCGCCGCUGUUUUUCGCCGCCGCCAUUUUCCGCCGAGCGGAAGCGGCGCGGUGUCGUCCGGUUUCCCCCUUCCUCUCGUUCCUCAACCUGACUCUUCACCAUGGAAGCCGAGCCCGUGGGCCAGAAGCCCCCUCGGCGGAGAAGGAGUAGGGUCAGUGCUGGGACCAGCGCCGGCCGCUCGCCCCCGGCGGACAGCACCCCCGGUGGGGCCGCGUCCUGCAGCCGGUGCCCACUGAGACGAGGCAGCUCUUUCACAUUUCUCACUCCAGGACCACACUGGGAUUUCACCCUGAAAAGGAAACGCCGAGACAAAGACGAUGAUGUUGUCAGUCUUUGCAGCCUUGACUUUAAGAGCUCAGAGACAGGUACAGCUGUGUUAGCUCUCGGCUACACCUCUGGGGUGGGCUGA